UCUGCAUCACACACUCCCCAUAUACUCACUGCUGCAUGCACACUCGUACAAGUCUGCCUGAACACGUCCGGAGAGAGCAGAUGCAUCGGGCUGCGGCGUGUUGUUGCUUUCACCGCUGUGUGUGAAGGGGGAGUCCAUCGAGUCCUCUCAGAGCUCUGACUGGUAGCUAAAAUGGUGAUUAUAGACUAGAGACUAGGUGUGGUGAGAUGGGGCGGCGUCACUGGCUUUGUCUAUAGCUCCUGCACAGCCCACCAACCAGGAGGAGGCUAUGCCUGUCUAUCAACAGUCUGUCUUGGAGCAAUGCCUGGUCAGGGAUUGAACAAACUACUCUGAAAGGAAGCCCAGGGCCACGGGGAGCUGGAGAAGUUCAAGACGCUGGCUGGAACCGACAACAACGCGGGCGUGUGAAGAAUUUCCCGGAUUGUACCACUGUUUUCUGCUCUUCACCCUCAUUUAAUUGUUGUGUUUGACACAUGACAGAGAUCUUCUGAGGAGAAACCUUCAAAGAAGCAAAAGUUGUGUGAAGUGCCCUUUGAGCCACACCAUCUUUUCAAGAGACAUUGUUUUUGGGGAAUUCAGACGAAGCCAAGAUUUUUCAGAUUCAAAGGAUGCGAUUUCAAUGAUAAAAGCAUUUGGAAUAUGGGACUUUUAAUCUGUGAUUUGGACCAUGGGGACAGGCAGAUAUGUUUUUGUGCUCAGCUCUGGGUGAUUUUGAUAACUCUUGCAGGUAAAAUCUCUCCAACCAGUUCUGAUGCCCCCUUCAGUUCCUCUGCAGUGACCGUUAGUCCUUCUCCACCUAAUGUGUACCUCCCAGCUACCUUCAAAAUGUCCAAUGCACAGCUGGCUUUCUUUUUGCGAGAGGCUCAAAUCACAGGACAAGCUGUUGGCGGGGCCGGCCGCAACAGCCCUGCCACCGGACACCCACUGCAGCGCUCAGAGAGUUUUGUGGUGUUCCAGACAAAGGACCUCCCUGCCAUCAACAUAAGCUUUGGGCCUUUUGCGCAAGACCAAGCUGUGUCCAAGGAGUUGCUGCAGCCAACCAGUCCGCUGGAUAUCCCCGGCCAACUGACGGUUAACUGGAAGGUACGGGCUUUUAUUGUCCAGUCACGAGUCUACUCCAACAGCCCCACUGUUCAGGUGUUUUUCUACAUCGCUGGCCGUGAUUGGGAUGACUUCAAGGCCCAGGACCGACUGCCUUGUGUCCGUCUACAUGCCUUCAGAGAUGUUCGCGAAAUUAAGACCUCAUGCCGGAUGAAAGGUAACCUGGCACAGUGUUUGGCUCAACUGGAGCUGCCGCCUUCCUGGUUCAACAGCAAUGUCGCUCCACUUGGUCGGAGGAAAGGCUCCAGUGACGGACUCUUAGACGGUUUGACCAGUGAGACCCUGCAGGCUGAGCUCUACUACACACUCCAUGAGCCUAAUGUGGAGGGUGAGUGCAGUGAAGCCUUCGUUCAUAGGACUGGUGGUGUUUCCAGAGGUGAGCUGCUGUCACAGCACCCCCUGCUGCGUAUUGGGAGUAUCAGCUUGUACCAAGCCAGUCAAGAACAGCUGUUGGUGGAUAAGCAAUUGGACAAGAACAUGUUCCUCAGGCUACCCGAGAAACCUCUGAAACCUGGAGAGACCCUCAGAAUCUUUCUCUAUUUGAUGCCCAACUCCACUGUGGACCAGUUCACCCUCAAGGUCAAAGCAAAGAAAGGGGUGAACCUGAUGGAGACCAAGUCGAAAAACGCACAGUGGAAGGUGGACUGGGAGGUGCAGUCGGGCGCCAAGCAUUCCAUCACCACCAUCGAUGUGAACAAGAACAAAGCAGUCAAACAGGGGGACAUACUUGGCAACGUUGAGGUGAUGCAGUUGGACUUUGACAUGGAGAACUUUACCAGCCUCUCGGUGACCAGAAGGAUCAACUGGAACAUUGACUACAAGGGGCAGAACCCACCUCCUGAUUCUGACAAGGUUGUGACAGAGCUGACAGUCGUGCAGCGGGACAUUCAGGCCAUUAUUCCUCUGGCCAUGGAUACUGAGAUUAUUAACACGGCCAUUUUAACCGGGCGCACUGUGGCUAUUCCCGUCAAAAUGGUCUCCAUAGAGAUGAAUGGAGUAGUCACCGACGUCUCCGCCUUUGUGCAAUGCAAGUCAUCCAAUGAAGACAUUGUUAAGGUCUCCAUGAAUUGUGACUACGUGUUUGUCAAUGGCAAAGAGACACGGGGGUCCAUGAAUGCCAGGGUCAUCUUCAGCUAUGAGCACCUGAGUGCACCACUGGAACUGACCGUCUGGGUGCCCAAGCUGCCCCUACAGGUGGAACUUUCUGACAACAACCUGAGUUUCAUUAAAGGCUGGAGGGUUCCAAUUCUUCCUGACAGAAGGAGCACCAGAGACAGCGAUGCAGAUGAUGACGAGGAUGACCGCCGGGUGAGUCGAGGCUGCACCUUGCAAUAUCAGCGGGCCCUGGUCAAAGUCUUGACCCAGUUCCACACCACCUCCACCGAGGGCACCGACCAGGUCAUCACCAUGCUUGGACCUGACUGGCAGGUGGAUGUCACAGACCUGGUCCAAGACUCUUUGAAAGUGGCCAAUCCCAGGAUAGCAGAGCUGGCGGACCGAACCAUCCUGGUGGGUCUGGAGCUGGGAUCCAGUGUGCUCAAGGUGGAGUCGCCGCUAGCGAUGGACGCCGUACUGGGAGAGUCGCCGUUCUCUGUCACCGAUGACAAGGUUUCCAUCACGGAACUGCGUGUUCACGCCAUCUCGGGCCUGACCCUGUCGCUCCAACCCAGCCCUGGAAACAGCCACACCAUGGUUGCCAAGGCAACGGGCCUCCAUACCCUCACAGCUCCCAAACAGGAGGCCAGUUUGUCCAUUUGGAUGUUUUUCAGCGACAACACAGCCGCCACUCUGACCUGCUUUGACUCCAAAGACUACAACCUCAAUGCCUCCACACUCGACGACAAAGUCGUGUCGGUAUCCCAGGAGCCUCAGCAACGCUGGCCUGUCAUGGUGGCUGAAGGGGAGGGAUCUGGUGAGAUGGUACGAGUGGAGAUGACCAUCUGCGAGGCUUGCCAGAAGACCAAACGCAAAAGCGUCAUUGCGUCUGCCGCAGUUUAUGUCAAGGUCCGCUUUGGCCCAGAGGAAGACUCUGAGGAAGAGGCGACCACUGAGGGUGAGAUCGAGCUGGCUCCCAUGACCAGGCGGCCGAUCAUUGAUCCGAACAUCAGUGGAAGAGUUUAUGAGACAUCUAAUGAACAGCCUGCUAGUGUUCCCAUUGAUUACACCAAUUUUCCGACCAUCAGCAACCAGGAGAGCCCAACUGAGAGUGAUGAAGAAGAAGACGACUUUGUCCAUUCGCCUCGCAACAUGACUGACCUUGAGAUCGGCAUGUACGCUCUGCUGGGAGUCUUCUGCCUGGCCAUCUUAGUCUUUCUCAUUAACUGCAUCGUCUUUGUCCUUAAAUACCGCCACAAGCGCAUUCCGCCUGAAGGUCAGGCCAACAUGGAUCAUUCCCACCACUGGGUGUUUCUGGGUAACGGUCAGCCACUAAGGGCACAGUGUGAUCUGUCACCACAGCAGGUGGAAAGUUCCAGUAACCCGUUGGAGGGGGUUCAGACUUGCUGCCACGCCGAUCACCACAGCAGCGGCAGCUCCCAGACUAGCGUUCAAAGCCAGGUACACGGGCGGGGAGACGGCAGCUCUGGGGGCUCCACGAAGGAGAAUGGCGAAGAGGCCAGUUCCCCUACGUCCAAGCGUAAGCGUGUCAAGUUUACCACCUUCACUACCCUUCCUACGGAGGAGCUGCCAUAUAACUCCAUCCCCAUAGCAGAUGAAGAGGACAUUCAGUGGGUUUGCCAGGACAUGGGCUUCCAAGACCCAGAAGAACUGCAUGACUACAUGCGCAGAAUAAAAGAAAUAGCCUGAGAUACGUGGUGCAAUGUGAAGCACCACCUUAGCUUUCUAAAGAAACCUUUAUUUCUAUUUUUCUCUUUUUCACCUGAGUGAAAUAAUUUUUCACAGACAGAAAGGCCAACUGUUGUUUUGGUUCGGGUUUUUUCUUUUCAGUUUGCACAGUGCUGUUACGUCCUACAUUCUCACACUCCUCAGAAGGACAGACGUGAAUGCAGAGUCAGUCAAAGACUCGACCAGAGGAGCUAAACUGAGACAUUGGACAGACGUGAGAGCCGCUGCCAGUCUUGUUAUUUUCAGGAUUUGGUUGUAGAUGUGGACACGAAUGUAGACGACAUCUGGUUUCGGCUAUUUUCGCCUGUUUUGUGGACUUUACGGUACUAUACCUACUUCAAUCAAAGAGGCCUUUGAUGAACAAAAAACAACAAAACCUGUCAAAGGCUCUUCUUAAAGCUGUUACAAAAUCAUUUUGUUUUUUGCCAAAGUAGGAAAAUAUUCUUUUAACAGCAAAAUGUUCUUCAUUGUUGUUCUUGAUGCAGCACACUCAUCUUUCAUUCCCCACAUUUUUCUACAUUUCAUACAACAGCGCCGUCCCACUCGUUUUCCCGGCCCUCGACAAGUCUAAUGCCUUAUUAAACAGUCACUCCUUCUCUCUGCGCGGUCGCUCCAUUUUCUCACUACAGCUGGAGACAGUGUAGUAGCAUAUGUACAAUACUACAACUGAUCUCGAGCAUGAGGUAUAAAUACAAAAGAAUCUUGUGUAUUUGUGGAGAUCUCUCACAUUCUUUGCAUGUAACAGGAUCUCGAGGCACAAUCAGCGACUUUUUUUCCAAAUUUGUAAAUGUUUGUAUUGUAAUUAUCUACGCGUUCAUACACAAACUAUGUUAUAGUGCAUCACUGGGCUUAUACGCUUCAUACGUGUAUAUAGCUGGACCAGCUUUGUCGUGGCGUUGCACACCGUAAGGCCGGUUGAAGUUUUAAAAAUUUCACGUUGUCGGACAUGGUGAUGUCAUCAGUGAAUGUCGUGUUUUAACAAAAAGUGGUAGGUACCACAUUUGACUGUUGACUUUGCAGAUUUGCUAUGCACCAGUAAGGGAACAAAGCUUAACAUGAUUUGUUUCUUUUUCUCAAGUUCA